AUGGACCAGUUACCCUCCUCCAAGGAGAUGUAUGCUCCUCAAGAGCUUAACUUCAGGCCAAACGUCAAGCACGGCACCGGAAUCUGCACGGCUGCCGCCCCUCAGCCAAUACCCAUCACAGGAAAGAGCUCCCGUCGCCAAAGCAAGCGAAAGACACCAAUGGGAAAGCCUUUCAUCCAACAAGUCAAACCUGCUCUCCAUCGCCAGCCUCUUGAAAGCGGUGGGCCGUCGCCGGUCCGCCAUGUUUCAGGCACAGGCUACAUUACGCCCCAGAGAACUCCUAACAAGAAGCGAUCUACUAGAUGGCCGGGAAUGUUCAGAACUGGCACGCCAGGUCGAACAUCUGAUAAGUCCAUCCCUCCAUGGAAUGCUGCUUUCGAGAAUCCGAAAAAGCCGAUUGUUCCUGGUGAAGUCACUGAUCCAGCCAAUCUUCUGAUUGAUAUUCUUGCUGAAGACUACAAAAAUAUGAUUUGUAAUCCCAAGUGGGGAACUCCAAAGCCCUGGCGCCAGGCUUUAGAGCGUAUGUUCGACGGGAUUGCUUUAGAUUCCACCCAGAGAGAAUACAUCCAGUACUUUUCUCUUGGCUACAAGGAGGGUAUCUGGCCAAGCACUGCCCCGGGCCAUCUCAUGGAGCAAGCAUUUCUAUUCGGGGUGAUGGAAAGGCAAUGGGAUUUGGAGGUCGAAAACAGUCUCUACCGCUUCUAUCAUGGAAUCUCCGAAGAUGGAGUUCUGAGGGGUGUCCCUCAUUACUGCUAUGGAGGCCUUGAUUAA